GAUGAAAUAAAGUGGGAGCAAAAUGUUUAAAACCCUCGUGGGCUAAUUCCGUAAACCUUUCUCAGCGUCGCCUUUCUGUAUAUACACCUGCUUUCCCUCUGGCCUCAAUUCAUUGAAACCCUAACUGAUUUGAGUACUGCAUCAAGUUUGGAUUUUCCCCAUUCUUCCGUCGAUUUCAAGCAUCAUUUCGCGAACAUGCUCGUGCAUACAUCAUAACUAAUUAAAAUCACUUACGAUUCAAGCCUUAUUGAUCUUCAUAGGUUUCAAUUGGUGAGAUGUUAUCGGGCUCAAAAACUGAAGGUGGACCGCAAAACCUGUCACCUGGACUUAGAAUGACGAUAGAGACGCUGAAAGAAGUUGCGAAGGGUCACUCCGAAGCAGAUAUCUAUGCCACUCUCAAAGAGUCUAAUAUGGACCCCAACGAGACAUUCCAGAAAUUGUACCAUCAGGAUACAUUUCACGAGGUAAGGAGGCGGAGAGAUAGAAGGAAAGAAGUGGUGAAUGUGCCUAAAGUACAUGUUGAGAGUACUGGGUAUAAGAUUCAAGAGGACAGAAAAGAAUUUGAAUCAACUAAUGUAGCUGUGAAAUCCGACACAUAUUUGAACCGUAAUAUUCGAAGAGCACCAUACAAACGGAAUGCUUUGCCUGGUACUGGAGUUAACCGAGAAUUCCGUGUUGUUAGGGACAAUAGGAUAAACCAUCAUCCUGAUAAAGAAACUCUGAAUCCUGCACAAGACUCUUUUCAUUCUGAACCAGCUAUCCCUACUUCGACAAGUCCGAAAGAGAGUUCAAACAAUAAGGCGUCUGGCGAGGGCAAUCCUCAUGCUUCUAUUGAACUUACAAGCUCUCAUCCACUGCCUCGAAUGGAUGCUAACAUUUCUCCAAGUAAUGGGCUUCACAGGGAAAGAAACUCCUCUGUUUCUAAGCCGCAUUCUACAACAUCAUCAAGCAAUUCCGUCUUAGGAGUUUAUUCCUCUUCUAUGGAUCCUGUUCAUGUACCAUCUCAUGGGUCCAGAUCUGCCGCUCAUGUGGGGGCCAUUAAACGCGAUGUUGGAGUGGUGGGUGCCCGCCGCCCACCCAUGGAAAGCUCUGCUAAUAAACCUUCAUCGUCAUCACAGGGUGGCGUGUUUCCAAAUUCUCAUGCAGGGCAACAGCGUCCUUCUUCUAGAGGAACUCCCCGGUCUUAUGGUGCUUUUUCCAAAAGUGAUCAAAAUGCUGUGUCCGUUUCUUCAAGCCAUCCAAACGGGAGAUCUUUCAUUAGUUACCAACAAAAUCCCAGACCACAUCAAUCAGUGGUGCAUCAGAAAAGUGCUCAACCAAAUAAGGAAUGGAAGCCUAAAUUGAGCCAGAAGUCAGGUGUCAACACCCCUCAGUCUAAUGAGAAAGCUGAAAAAUCUGCUUCUCCAUCCAAUGGUAGAUCUAGCCAAUCGGAAGAAGAGACAUCCAAGCUGCAGGAUAAUGUUUCAAGGGUAAACAUUUCUGAAAAUGUAAUCAUAGCUCCACACCUUCGUGUUUCUGAGAGUGAGAAGUAUCGCCUGACCUUCGGCAGCUUGGAUGCUCAAUUUGUAUCUUCUAACAUUUCUGUUAAAGAACAUCACAUUGAGCCCUCUGAAAGUUUGCCCGUCUCGGUUUCUGGCUCAUUGAGCGAAGAAGCUGGUGCUGAUAACAAACAGCUAGUUUUGGGUGAAGAAGAUCACCCCCAUAAUUCAGGAUCCAGUUCUCCCGUACAAGUCGCAAUUUCUGACCCGCCCCAGAUUGAUAAAAAGGAAUCUUCAGCCCCACAGGAGUUGGAUAACUAUUCUGAUGUUAGAUUGGUUCGAGACACUUCUACUUCAUUUGAGUCACGAAGGCAACAAGAUGCCUCAGAUUUACCAAGUUUCUCUGUGUACGACCCUCAAACUGGCUAUGAUCUGUCGUAUUUUAGACCAAAUACAGCUGAUGAAGCUGUGCGGGGACAUGGCUUACUGUCACCUCAAGAGGCUCUAAGUUCACAUGCUGGUAUUAGCAUCCCUUCGUCUUCCAUUGGAAUGAUGCAGCAAGCACAACAGCAGCAGCAGCAGCAGGCAGUAGCUCAGAUGUAUCCCCAAGUCCAUCUCCCCCACUUCACUAGUAUGAUGCCCUACAGACAAUUUCUAUCCCCUGUUUACGUCCCACCAAUGGCUGUACAGGGGUAUUCUGGUAAUCCUGCCUAUUCACAUCACCCUUCUAAUGGCAGCAGUUAUGUACUGAUGCCCGGUGGGAGCUCCCAUUUGAGUGCCAGUGGGGGCCUCAAGUAUGGAAUGCAACAAUUCAAACCCCUUCCUACUGGAAGCCAAACAGGAUUUGGAAGUUUUACUAGUCCUACAGGUUAUGCUAUGAACACCCCUGGUGUCAUUGGCAGUGCAACCGGGCUUGAUGAGUCAACUCGGCUCAAGUACAAGGAUGGUAACUUGUAUCUUCCUAAUCCCCAGGCGGAGACGACAGAGAUUUGGAUGAAUGCAAGGGAGGUGCCGAAUAUGCAGGCGGGUUCGUUUUUCAACAUGCCUGCUGUGCAAACACCACAUGCCGGUCCCACUGCAUAUAUGCCUUCCCAUGGCGCCCACCCUUCUUUCAACACGGCUGUGGUUGCUCAGUCUUCUCAUAUGCAAUUUCCCAUGUAUCAUCAUCAACCACUGCCACAAGCUGCCCCAAUCGCCAACCCCCACCACCAUAUGGGUGGUGGUGCAAUGGGUGGUAAUGUUGGAGUUGGUAUGGCUGCUGCUGCUCCAGGGGGUGCUUAUCAGCAACCUCAAUUGGGUCACCUGAAUUGGACAACUGGCAACUUCUGAAUGAAAAAAGAACAAAAUGGUUGAUAAUUUUCAUCCUGUGGAAGGGGGGUUUCAGUUUUCUUGUAAAAUAAGCACAUAAACCUUUCAAUUAACCAAAUUCAAUGGAGUGAGCUCAACAAGGCAAAAGAGGUGUGCUGCCCUGGUCUUCUGGAGAUCUUAUUGACUUCAGUAAAUAGGAGAUGGCCUGGUAGUAGUGAAAUGGCCCAGUUCCAAACUGGUGGGCUGUGGUCCUUAAUCGUAUGCACCUUUAGCCGAUAUCAGAAAUACAUCAUUUGGUAAGAACGUAGAACCCGAUUUGGUCUAGAUUUUUGAAGCUAAUAAAAGAAUUAGAGUAAUGACCGGUCCAGGCCUUUUUGUAGAUGUGGCCUGGGAUGACACCUUUGAGGAGUUGAAUGAUGCCAUACUGGAAGAUUUUUUAAAAGCAUGAAACACGAAAUUAUAGCUGUGGAUGAAAAGUUUAAAAUUUGACACUGCAAC